GACCACGUGGGGCAGCAGCAGCUCGUUCCGGGGAUGAAAUGUAUUAACUUUGACCCGGAAGCGGAAGUUCCUUCUUUCUUGUUUCUGCUUCGUUUGGAGACACACUGAGACAUGGCUCCUCGCAAAGGGAAGGAGAAGAAGGAGGAGCAGGUGAUCAGUCUGGGCCCCCAGGUGGCCGAAGGGGAGAACGUGUUUGGCGUCUGUCACAUCUUCGCCUCCUUCAACGACACCUUCGUCCACGUGACCGACCUCUCCGGGAAGGAGACGAUUUGCCGCGUGACCGGCGGCAUGAAGGUGAAGGCGGACCGAGACGAGUCGUCCCCGUACGCCGCCAUGUUGGCCGCUCAGGACGUCGCCCAGCGCUGCAAAGAGCUCGGCAUCACGGCGCUGCACAUCAAGCUGAGGGCCACCGGGGGCAACAGGACCAAGACUCCGGGUCCCGGGGCUCAGUCGGCUCUCAGAGCUCUGGCUCGAUCCGGCAUGAAGAUCGGACGCAUCGAGGACGUGACCCCCAUCCCCUCCGACUCCACCAGGAGGAAGGGCGGUCGUCGUGGUCGUCGUCUGUAAAACUGCUUCAAGAUUUUCUGACAAUAAAAAGAUUAAAGUCCCA